GGGUGACUCACACUGUCCGUUCCGCCCCGAGCGGGGAGGGCUCGCGCGGCGGACAUGGUACGUUCCGCCCGCUGCCGUUGCGCGGUGGCAAGAUGGCGGCGCUGCUGCCGCGCAUCGAGCAGCUGUCGGCGCGAGUGGUGCGUGUGCUGGGCUGCAAUCCGGGCCCCAUGACCCUUCAGGGCACCAACACCUACCUGGUGGGCACCGGGCCUAGAAGGAUCCUCAUUGACACAGGAGAGCCAGCAAUACCUGAAUAUAUUGGCUGUUUAAAGCAGGCGCUCAAUGAUUUCAACAUCUCAAUACAAGAGAUUUUAGUGACACACUGGCACGCUGAUCACACUGGCGGCAUCUCCGACAUAUGUAAAAACAUCGGUAAAGGUUCCAAAUUUUGCAUUAGUAAGCUUCCACGCACCCCACCUCGUGAAGAAAUAAUAGGAAGAGGAGAACAAAAGUAUUUAUAUCUGAAAGAUGGAGAUGAGGUAAAGACCGAAGGAGCCACUCUCAGAGUUUUAUAUACACCUGGACACACUGAUGAUCAUAUGGUUUUGCAUCUCAUAGAAGAAAAUGCUAUAUUCUCUGGUGACUGUAUUCUAGGAGAAGGGACGGCAAUAUUUGAAGACCUCUAUGAGUACAUGAAAUCAUUGGAAAGGCUGUUGCAAAUUAAAGCUGUCUUGAUAUAUCCUGGACAUGGCCCUGUAGUACAUGAUGUAGAUGCUAAAAUUCAAGAGUAUAUUUCUCACCGAAAUAUGCGCGAACAGCAAAUUUUAAAUAUGUUCCAGGAGAAUGCCGGAAAAUCAUUUACACCCAUGGAGCUUGUAAAGAUGGUGUACAAGGAUCUUCCUGAACCCUUAUAUAAAGCAGAAGAAAAUAACAUCCCCUGCCACUUAAGGAAAUUAGAAAAAGAAGGGAAAGUGUUGAUUGAAAAGUCUCCCACCUUAAUCCGGCUAAGCAAUUUAUAAAUGUUACAAGUAACAACUACAGAACCAUAUUGCUGAGCAACCACGUGCAGAAUUAUUACAUGGAGAAUGCAGAGACACUUUGCUGAUCUGUAAAAUCUGAACACCAGUUUUUGUCGGAAGUGCUUAGGAAAUUUUGGUGGUGUAAUUUUAAGUGAAUUUUAUACUAAUUACCAGUCACCAAUGAUUUUCAUAUAUUCUGCCUGAUGGAAAUUGAAGGUUUGCUCAAUUAAUAAAGUGAAACUAGUGUGAAAAAA